AUGGAGCGCCCUCCCCACACGACUGGCAACCAUCAUCACGACAGUGCCCCCCAGCGCAUCGCAAUCGCGUCAUCACUCUCCAUCCGGCAGUCGUCCGCGCUCUUGAGCCUACCCACGGAGAUCAAGUGCGAGAUCCUAUCAAUUUUCGACCCAGAGGCCCUCUUCUGUGCCGAUCUUGUCUGUCAGGACCUUCAUCAGCUGCUUGCCUCGCCAUGCAUUUGGUGUAAUGUCAUCUCCGGACUUUUGGGAAAGUCGUAUUCGGAACUGCCGUUCUCUCGCAGUGAAGCGCGAAGUGUUAUGAAGACGAUCACUCUGUAUAGGAGGAAGUGCGACCUAUGCGAGCAGGACGGUAAACUGUUUUUCUACGGAAACCGAUGGCUCUGUUCUGAACAUCGUGAUUCCGAGACUACCAUGCCGGGGGAAGCCACGCGCGAGCGUAUUCGCAUUAUCAUGGGACGCCGGCGCAAAACCCGUAUACGUAGUAUUUACCCCCAAAAGGUCAGGGACGACUUCCACUCUCUCGUCCAGCGUGUCCUCCCGGUAUUCAAGGGUAAGCCGUAUCAAAAGCGUCGGUACAUCAGCCAAAUCCGUCUUUUCUGGGAAGAAGUCAACGCAACUGUGAACGAGCUCAAGGAAGGCUCAGAGCCUGGGAUUGACAAUGAGGUGGAUUUGCAUGCUGCAUGUACUAUGAGGGGAUGUAAAGAUCAGGAAGCACAUGCGCGACUCGAGGACAUAUACAAACGGUUUGAGAUGGAAGGCAAGAGAAUGGUCGAGAGCGCUGCGCUUCUCCGUGUACUUCGUGACCUUACCAAGGUAGAACAGGUCGCUCGUAAGCAACGCCAGAUCGCAGGGAAGGAAGCUCGUCGCAGAAGCUUUCAGCAGCGUCUCGAAGAUCUCGGGUACUCAACCACGGAUGUCGAAGCCACUCUCGUCUCCUAUAUGGCUCACAGCUCAAAGUCCGGCCCUUUGACAGAGAUAGAGUUUCACUAUUGUCUACCAGGCCUCCAACAGAGGCUUGACGAUCGCAAACGUAAGCGCAUGGACGCCUAUCUCCCCGUACGCAUUGACAUUGCCGUGAAUGCCCUUCUUGGCCACUAUGCUACGAACAAUCCGGACUCUCCCACGGCCCUAGAGAGGAUCCAGAAGUUCCUGAAGUCUACUCCCUACACCGCAUGGUGUCCUCUCAUCGCAAACCUCAUCGACCGCGACUCGUUCGACACACCCGAGGAUCGACAAUUGCUAUGCGACGAUAUCAGCCUUCUACUCCACGGUGAACCGCACGUCGGUCAGUGCAUCCUGGACGGAGUGGUCACUCUCGGUGUCCAGAAAGGGGAGCUCUUUCUGUCUCUAGGUGACAGACCGCCGAUGUAUCCGUGCCCCCUAGGACAGCCACCCGUGCACUUUCUUCCACAAACCCACCCUUUACCUGGUUCAGUCAUCCCACAUGCGCUGGCCCAGUGGGGAGGCGGUACUAUGGGCUUCGGACUAGUAGGGUUUUAG